GUGUUUCAGCUAUCAUCUGGACAUGGAUUAGUGAUUGGUCCGCUUAAAAUCGUGGAUGCCAGCUCCGUGAUAGACUGUUCAGUCAACGCCGUUAUAAUAAACGAUUUUUCUCACUUUUCUUUGGUUAGCCCCGCACAAGCAGUGCUGGUCGUCGAGAAGGAUGCUACUUUUCAAAAGCUUAUUGAAGACGGGUUUCGCUCGCUGUUUCCGAACAUAAUCCUUGUUACUGGCAGAGGUUAUCCUGACAAUGCUACGCGUAUCUUGCUGCAUAAACUGCGUGAUAUCCCGCUGUUUGGGUUGCUGGACUGUGAUCCACAUGGUAUUGAAAUCGCUAUGACAUACAAAUAUGGCGGUGCGAAGGCAAACUAUGCGCUUGAGGACCGAAAAUUACCCCAUUUCCAAUGGGUCGGACUAUCUCGAUUCAACUUGCCAAAAUUUGCUAUUUCGGAUUUGCAGUUCAUUCCUCUCCAGCAACGCGAGAUGGCGAAAGUUGAAAGGCUUUGCCAGAGGGCUGCCGCUUUGGGCGAUAUAACUUUUUUAACCGAAGUCCUGCUGCAAAAAAUGUACAUGGAUGGGAACAAGUUGGAGCUAGAAGCAGUAAGUGGUAUUGCACCUGGAUCGAUGUGCCGUUAUUUGCUACAAACUGAACUUGGCAAAUACGCCGCCAGAUGA